CGACUUUCAGUCAACAUGAAACUCCUCCUGGUUGUCGUCGGUCUAGCCGUGGCUGUUUCAGCCUACGAGCCCAUCACUAAUGACUACCACAACACUAUAGGUGUUUAUGAAGCUGCUCGUAUCAAACAGGCUGAAGAAUCUGCUGACUUCGACGGCAGCAGAAUCACAGGAGGAAGCGCUGCUUUCCUUGGUCAAUUUCCUUACCAAGCGGGUUUACUUAUCAGAUUAGUUGACGGCAGACAGUCAGUUUGUGGUGCCUCUCUGAUCAGUAACACCAGAUUGGUGACAGCUGCUCACUGCUGGUAUUCUGGUGGCGCUCAAGCUCGUGAAUUCAACGUCAUUCUUGGCUCAGUCAAUCUUUACUCUGGCGGUACUCGUAUCACUACCCGAAAUGUACGCGUGCACGGAAGCUACAACGACUGGACACUCGCCAAUGACGUUGCUGUGAUCAUCAUCAACCGCGUUAACUACUCCAAUACCAUUAGGAACAUUGGCCUAGCAAGCGGAAGCAACCAAUACGUUGGAUCAUGGGCUACUGCUUCAGGAUUCGGCAAAACCAGCGACAGUUCUGGAGCGUCUUCAACUAUGAGACAAGUAAACUUGCAAGUUAUUUCCAAUGACGUGUGCAGACGCACUUACGGAAACAUGAUUGGAUCGUCUAUCAUCUGCAUUGCCACUCCCAACGGACGCAGCACUUGUGGUGGAGACUCCGGUGGUCCCCUCGCCAUUAGUAACACACUGAUCGGUAUCACAUCUUUCGGUCAUCGUGAUGGAUGCACUCGCGGACACCCCGCCGGUUUCGCUAGAGUCACAUCCUUCAACUCAUGGAUCCGAUCCAUCUAAACCGUUAACAUGGAGGUGCCUUGCAAUUAUAUUUUGGUUGAUUGUUUGGAAUGUGAAUAAAAACUGAAUUCAGAA